AUGCCUCUUCCUAAAUACACAUACACGGGCCCCAUCGACCACUCUGUGGUACCAGAUCUGGCCAAUGCCAAAGGCAAAUCUGUCAUCAUUACGGGCGGCGCAAAUGGAAUGGGCGAGACCAUGGUGCGCACCUUCGUCGAAGCCGGCGCGUUUGUCACCUUUGGAGACCUUCACCCCCGCGGAGAAGAUCUUGCCAAGGAACUAAAUACGAAUGGUGAAGCCGCCGUGUUCGUCAAAUGUGACAUCACAGACUGGGAUCAAUUGAUUACUUUAUUCGAGACGGCGAAGACCAAGAGUCCGCACAACAGCGUUGAUAUCGUCAUCGCAAAUGCGGGAAUUUCGCGUGCCUCGGGUGACAGUCUGUGGAAUCUUGAUGAUCCCAAUGGGCCACCCACGAAGCCCAAUCUCAAUAUAGUCCGUGUCAACAUGGAUGGAACAUUCUAUACCUGGAAGCUUGCGGUUCAUUAUUUCAGGAAACAACCAGAUACCGCCGACCGUGACCGAUGCUUCAUCAUGACUGGAAGCAUGGUCGCAUACAUUGAUUCACCGGGGAACUGGGAAUAUACAGCAACCAAGUACGGCCUACGGGGUUUCAUGAAGACCGUGCGUCGAAGCAGUUGGGAACAAGGAAUCCGAAUCAACUAUGUUGCGCCAUGCUGGAUUAAAAGCGCGAUUCGGACCAAGGAAUACGAAGCUUGGCUGAUUGAGCGCGGUGUCGAGUUUGGCGAACAGGCUGACUGCGCCGGUGCGAUGAUGCGCAUCGCUUGUGAUAAGUCAAUUAAUGGACGCUCGCUCAUGAUUACACCGAGGAGCAUAGCUAAGGAGGGAUUCAUGGAUGUAGACAAGGAAGACUAUUCUGAUCCCAAAGACGCGUACUUUGCAAAGAAACAAGCGUCGCAAUUGGUUAUUAUUGAGGAUAAGUGGCUGGACGAUUAUAAAAUAAUGUCUCUCCAAAUCCGCCCCUUCGAGGUGUCCACCAAUAUGCUCGUGUGGCUCCACAGGAUAAUCCGGGGAACGCUUCGGUCCAAAGUUAAUGGCCACUCGGUAUGCUCGGCUAUGCCGGCAGCGCCCAACCGAGCGGCAGACCCUGUUUGCCACAGCGACUAUUCACUACUCACGAGUGAAAAGCAGCGUCCUUGGUUUCAAGAAAAAUAUACGCUGGGUCAUGAAGGAUGCGGCGAGAUUGUACAGAUAGGCAAGGAAGUGAAAAAUGCCGGAUUUAGCGUGGGAGAUCGAAUCGCGACGAUUGCAGUCCCAGGCUGCGGAUCAGAGGACUGUGCAGAGUGUUCACGGGAUCUAGCACAGCUUUGUGAGCAGGCUCACCACGCUGGCAUUGGUCAGGAUGGCUUCUAUGCACCCUUUGCCGCGCUAGAUCUUCGAGCGGUAGUUCAUGUUCCGAAAGGAAUUCCGUCGUCCGUCGCGGCUGUUGCAACGGAUGCUGUCAAGACAAGCUACCAUGCCAUUGUGAGACGUGCGGAAGUCAAGUCUCAUGAGACGGUGUUUCUCUUCGGCCUUGGAGGCCUCGGGUUCAACGCGUUGCAAAUUGUUCUGCAUAUCGGGGCUAGGGUCAUCGUAUCUGAUAUUCGACAAGAACAGUUGGAGGAGGCUGCAAGGUUUGGCGUUCCUCGACAGGAUCUGGUGCCGGCUGGAAAGUCGGUGCAGGAUUUUGUGCGCGAGAAUGGGUUGCAGGGCAAGAUUGAUACCACCUUGGACUUUGUGGGAACCCACCAGACUUUUCAAGAUGCACAGAAUAUUGUUCGUAGAGGCGGCAAGCUUUUGUGUGUUGGUACUCUUGAUGAGGAGAAUACAAUUGACAUGAAAAUUGGGAUUCAGAAGAGGUUGAGUAUUAUCUUCACAUAUGGCGGGCAAUGGAGGGAUCUUAAGGAAGUCCUGGAUUUGAUUUCGACGGGAGUCAUUCGGCCUCAGGUUGAGACUGCCAGCUUGAAGGAAUUUCCACAGGUCUUGAAGGAUGUUUGCGACGGGAAGGUAAAGGCCCGGGUUGCCUUGCUGCAUGAGUAG